AUGCUCAAGAGUUUAAAGUUAUCGAAAAGGGAAAGCAGAGGUCCUUCUAAAAGUCGUAUCACUUCAGCUGAUAUCUCUGGACCUAGACAAGAUCCAAAUAGCAGUUCUUUGAAGAAUGUGAAUUCUACUAAGCCUUCCAGAGAUUUCUCGUUUUCUUCGAAACGGUUGUCUGGAAGGAAAAGUCAUAAUUCCAAUAUAUCAUCUCCAGAAAAAGUGAUCAAAGCCGCUCGUAGCUACAGUGCUAAAAGUGCAGAAGAAUUGUCAUUCGCUGAGGGAGAGUUCUUCUAUGUCGAAAGUGAAGAUAAAGAAUGGUAUAAGGCUUCAAACCCGACUUCUGGCAGGAAAGGUUUGGUGCCAAAGAGCUAUUUCGAAACGUUUGAUAGGACAAGACCUGUUUCUACAAAUGGCAGUACUACCUCUAGUACCCGCCAACAAUCAAAUGAAAGCUCCAAAAUGGGUUCAUUAUAUGCUAUUGUAUUAUACGAUUUCCAGGCAGAGAAGUCAGAUGAACUUACUGUAUACGUGGGUGAAAAUUUAUUCAUUUGCGCUCAUCAUAAUUAUGAAUGGUUCAUAGCCAAACCUAUAGGCAGACUUGGUGGACCUGGCUUAGUUCCCGUCGAUUUCGUUAGUAUUAUAGACAUUUCUACAGGUUAUGCGACAGGGAACGAUGUUAAGGAAGACAUAAAAAGUGUAAAUCUACCAACCGUUCAAGAAUGGAAAGAUAACGUGACCAAAUAUAAAAACAGUAACAUUACCUUGGGUACAAUAGACUACGAGGGAUUAGAACCUAUACAGUACGUGGUACCAGCUAUUGAUUCACCUACAUUCGAUUCUGAAUAUAUCACAAAGGCUUCAGUAACUGCUUUUGCAUUAGAAAAUGAUAAAUAUUGGUUUGCUUUAACAUGCGAAUUAUCAACAGGUGUCACAAGAAAGUUGAAGAGAUAUUACCAAGAUUUCUACGAUUUACAGGUCAAACUCCUGGAUUCAUUCCCUUCAGAAUCAGGUAAAUUAAGAGACAGUACGGGUCAAUGGACAAGAAGAAUCAUUCCUUAUAUUCCAGGCCCUGUACCUUACGUUACAGAUACAAUUACUAAGAAGAGAAAAGAAGAUCUAAAUGUCUACGUAGGUGAUCUAAUAAAUUUACCAGAAUAUAUCUCAAGAUCACCUUUAGUGAAGGGAUUAUUUGACAUCAAAAAAAACGAAUACGAUUCUGAAUAUAUAACUGGUUCUGCUGAACUACAGCAAUCACAAAUGAAUGGUACCGAUGCGAACACCAGCUUUGGCGAUAGCACUCCAACAGCUGUAGCAGAUAUUACGAACAAUGAGGAUAAUACUUUAACUGGAGAAGAUCUAAGGUUAUAUGAUAAGAUGAAUAAUUUAUCUUUGAACUCCAAACCAAAGACCAGACCUCCAAGUGGCCAACUUCCCCAAUUGACAAAACCUACUAAGAUAAAAUUUUAUUACAACGAUGAUAUUUUUGCAUUAAUGUUAACUAAUGAUAUUGGCUAUCAAGGAUUGCGUGACAAGAUUGGGCCUAGAGUUGAUGGUGAAAACUUUGAAUUACAAGUUAAAACUCCAUCAGGGGAAGUUGAAGUCAUUAAUUCUGAUGGGCAAAUAUCGCAUAUAAUUGAACAGAAGUUAAAGAUUACUGUGAUAGAUGCUUAA